CAAAAAGAUGCCGAAACAAGAAAUAACCUGCGGCCCCUAAAAUCCAGCGUCCCACGCGCCGAUAUCACGCGCCGAACAGCGCACUGAAGUGAAAAUCCAGAGAGUUUUAAAUUUCUCCAUCUCUCUUGCGAAACAACCCAAACUAUUUCUCUCUCACCUAAAUUCCCCCCUUCGAUUUCUCUCCUUUGACAGUUCAGUCUUAUCUCUCUAGGAUCCGGCUCAGAGAGAGAGAGAGAGAGAAGUGGCGGUUCUCUUCCGGCGUCAUCUAGGGUUUCGUGGCUUCAUUCCAGUUUGAAUUUACCGGGAAAGAAUUGCAGAAAUGAAUGAGAAAUCGAGAAGAUAGAUUAUCUCCUCUCUGAACAUCUUUCGUUUGAAGUGAGGUUCUAAGAGUUUCUUGUGAGGUUUCUUUGUUUCGUUUUGAGGAGAGAAAAAAAAUGCCAGCUCAUAGAUCCAAGUCGGAGAAGAAGGAUGCUGAGAAGCAGCUCCGCCGGGACCCUUACGAGGUUCUAGGCGUCUUGAGAAACUCUACGGAUCAGGAAAUUAAGAGCGCCUACCGGAAAAUGGCUCUCAAGUACCAUCCUGAUAAGACUGCAAAUGAUCCGAUUGCAGCCGACAUGUUCAAGGAGGUCACGUUUUCUUACAACAUCUUGUCUGACCCGGAGAAACGCCGCCAGUAUGAUACAGCUGGUUUUGAGGCUGUUGAAGCAGAAAGCCAAGAGCUGGAGUUGGAUCUCUCAAGUCUGGGAGCUGUGAAUACUGUGUUUGCAGCUUUGUUUAGCAAACUUGGUGUGCCGAUAAAAACAUCUGUAUCUGCAACUAUUCUGGAGGAGGCUCUUAAUGGCAGAGUUUCAGUUGAUCCUCUUUUACUCGGACAAGCUGUAACUAAAAAGGUUGAAAAGCAAUGUGCACACUUUUAUGCCGUCACAAUAACAGAAGAGGAAGUCAGUUCUGGGUUGGUCUGCAGAGUAGAAUCAUCUAGCAAAAGCAAAUUCAAGUUACUGUAUUUUGAUCAAGAAGCCAAUAGCGGAUUGAGCUUAGCUCUGCAGGAGGACAGCAAAAGAACUGGCAAGAUAACAUCUGCUGGAAUGUACUUUCUCGGUUUUCCUGUCUACCGGUUGGAUCACACAAAUAAUUCGAUGGCUCAAGCAAAGGAUCCAGAAUCUGCCUUCUUUAAAAAGCUUGAAGGUUUUCAGCAAUGUGAAGUUACUGAGCUAAAGGCCGGUACUCAUGUCUUUGCUAUCUAUGGUGAUAAUUUUUUCAAAAGCGUGAACUACACAAUCCAAGUUCUUUGUGCUGCCUCUUUUACUAAAGAAAAAGAGGACCUUAGGUCUGUAGAAGCUCAGAUCCUGACUAAAAGAGCAGAGCUUGCAAAAUUUGAGACAGAGUACAGGGAAGUACUCGUGCAAUUCACUGAUAUGACCAGUAGAUACGCUCAGGAGAUGGAAUCGAUCGAUGAGCUCUUAAAGCAGAGAAAUGAAAUUCAUUCAGCAUACACAACGGCUCCAUUGAUGAAGCGGAGCUCGAGCAAGAACAGGCUGAGAAAGAGCUCGUUCAAGAAGAAGAAGAAGGCUGAGGCGCCUGCUCCAACUGAUCAGGAAGAAGAUGAAGAAGAGGAAGAGGAAGAAAGCAGCAGACAGAGGAACGAGAAACCGAGUACUUUUGAUAAGUCUGAGACACUUAAGAAGAAAAGCAGAUGGUACAAUUUACAUUUGAAAUUGGACAAGAAAAAACCUUGUUAGCGAUUUAUCUCUUUGUUUUGUUUUACUUGUUCGUUAUUUUCUCCCCCAUACGUUAGGGAUCGGUGUAUCUGUAAAUCUUUUGCUAUAUUUUUCUCCUUCCAACUUAUCCUUAGUAUUAAUCAACAAUUUACUUGAUCAUUAUUAUUUGAGAAAGUUCUCUAAACCAAAGCGAUUAUCUGAUCA